UGUGGGUGCCGCUGAGCAAGAUGGAGCUGUCUGCAGUGGGCGAGCGGGUCUUCGCGGCCGAAUCCAUCAUCAAGCGGCGGAUCCGAAAGGGGCGCAUCGAGUACCUGGUGAAAUGGAAGGGGUGGGCGAUCAAGUACAGCACUUGGGAGCCGGAGGAGAACAUCCUGGACUCGCGGCUCAUUGCAGCCUUCGAGCAGAAGGAGAGGGAGCGUGAGCUGUAUGGGCCUAAGAAGAGGGGACCCAAACCCAAAACUUUCCUCCUGAAGGCCCGGGCCCAGGCGGAGGCCCUCCGCAUCAGCGAUGUGCACUUCUCCGUCAAGCCCAGCGCCAGCGCCUCCUCGCCCAAGCUGCACUCCAGCGCGGCCGUGCACCGGCUCAAGAAGGACAUCCGCCGCUGCCACCGCAUGUCCCGCCGCCCCCUGCCCCGCCCAGACCCCCAGGGGGGCAGCCCCGGCCUGCGCCCCCCCAUCUCGCCCUUCUCCGAGACGGUGCGCAUCAUUAACCGCAAGGUGAAGCCUCGGGAGCCCAAGCGGAGCCGCAUCAUCCUGAACCUGAAGGUGCUAGACAAGGCCGCGGGCGGAGGGGCUGCGGGACAGGGGCCCGGGGCCCUCGCUCGGCCCAAGGUCCCGUCGCGGAACCGGGUCAUCGGCAAGAGCAGGAAGUUCAGCGACAGCAUCCUGCGUACCCAGAUCCGCCACAUGAAGUUCGGGGCCUUCGCGCUGUACAACAAGCCCCCACCCGCACCCCUGCUGCCUCCGCCCGCAGGCAAGACCGAAGCGGCGGCCGCCUCCCAGGGCCCCGGGCUGCUGCUGCCUGCGCCCUACGACCGCAGCUCCAACUCCUCCGGCUGCCCCUCCCCAGCACCGCGGCCCUCUGAGCCUGAUGACGUACCCCCCAAGCUGCUCCCCGAGAUCCUGAACCCACCGACCCCCGACUGGCGUGAGUCCGAGGUGCUUGACCUGUCCCUCCCAUCCGAGUCGGCAGCCACCAGCAAGCGGGCACCCCUGGAUGUCGCCACCGCAGCGGGUCAGGCACUCCCCACAGCCCCCGACUCCAAUGCUGCUGCCCAGCCUGAGCCUGAGGCCGGGGACUGGCGCCCCGAGAUGUCCCCCUGCUCCAACGUGGUCGUCACCGAUGUCACCAGCAACCUCCUGACGGUCACCAUCAAGGAAUUCUGCAACCCUGAGGAUUUCGAGAAGGUGGCGUCUGGGGUGGCAGGCACCACCGGGGGAGGUGGUGGUGGCAGUGGGGCCAGCAAGUGAGGGGUCUCCACCAAGGAGAGGGGGCUUUGGGGGGGGAGGGCGUCCUGCCCAAAGUCACCCUCUUGUUGCACCCGUGCCCUCACCCUUACCUGCCUGUGCUUUGCUUGUCCCAGUGACUCAUUGUUGACCGUGGGAUGGGACUGGGCGGUUGG